AGAUUGGUAGUGCCACAUAGGCCAUUUCUGAACUUGGGCUACUGGUUUCCCAGAAGACUAAUAAAUCUGGGUAAAUAACCCAGCUCAGUUGACAAGUCAGUGAGGCAGACAUGGAUUGUGGGGUGAAGUAAGAGGAAACUCAUAUGGUCAUGAUGGAGAAAAUGGGACCAUCUCCAGUGGCAGCUGUCCAUUCUAAAAUUAGCCUCAAAAGCUGCUCUAGCAUCCCAAAAGCAGCUCUUCCUGACCCUUUUCAAACACCGUCAGUUCUACUCCCAAGCCUGCCAAGCACCCGUUUGUCUCCCUCCCUCCCUCCUGCUCCCCCCCCCCGGAGCGGGAACUUCUCCGGAGGUCCUCGGAGUAAGAAAAUGUAUCCCACGGUGCCAGCCCUGUAUUGUCCCCAGGUCUUCCUGCCCGAUUUCUAUCCCCUGUUUGCACCGCGCAUUCUGACGUCACUCAAGGGUUCCGCGGAGUCCCUCUAGUCCCCCUCGAGAGAGUUUUCCAGCGAGAAGGAGGAGCUCGACGGGGGAGGACUCAGCUUCUGACGCGCCACCUGCGGAGUCUAUAAAGAGGGGCGGGGGCGAAGGCGUUUGCUUAGGAAGCUGCGAAGCUCGUGAUGGGUCAGUUUUUCGCUAAACUCCUGAACAUUUUUGGAAGUCGCGGUAAGAAGUCUUCGAGUUGGGCGCGCCCGCAUUUCCUCCUUUCUUAUGACAUAAUUCCCGGAAUGCUAAGUGUGGCUGUCAAUCAGAUCGUGUUUACCUUCUCUAGGUUGCUGUCCACCAACUUUCCCCUACUUUUCUCUCUUUCUCCUUAAAUCCCAGUUUUACUUUGUUUCUUGUUUUGCACCGACCAUGCCUUCAUGCACUGCUCUCUUGCCUCUAAUUUCUUUUGUUUCUCUUUUGUCUUUCAUUUUUUAAAUUCAUUUAUUGUCUUUCUUUUCAUAUUCGAUUCCUUUUUUUCAUUCUAUUUUUUCCCUUUUCUCCCUUUCAUUUUGCCCCGGCAGCAUUUUCACUUGAUUCCCAAACUUUUCUUCUUUUAUAUCUUUUUUCAUUUUUUCUCUCUCCCUUUCUCUCUUUUUACAUAUUUUCCUUUUUUCACUCUAGUGUUUCUAAAGUUACUAUUUUAUACUUGUCCCUAUCCCCUUUCAUCUUUUAUUAUUCUAUUUGGAAUUGUGCUUCCUUUGCUUUUAGUGAUUUCACUCCCCCUUUUUUCUUACAAUUUUUCUGUUUUUAUUUCCUUUUUUGUUCUUUUAAUUUCUUUUUUCUUUCAAGAACUUUAGUGCCAUGUUGUAGGGUCAAAUUUGGGGUGUGGAGCCUGACCUUUUCAGCUUAUCAACUAGUAGCUGGUGAGGAAAUCUUUUGUGCAGAUAACCAGAAUUUGCAGUUGUUGUGUGAGCACACAGUCUGUAGAUACAGCAUUUGUGUACAUGUGUGCUUUAGAAUGACAGGAAAGAGAGAUGGUGUCUGUUGAGGAGGACUGAAACAAUCAGGGAAGGCAAAUGAUGGCUGUUCAUGAAAGUUUUUUUGGGAAAGGACUAAAGCAGUAGUGAAUUCUAAUGCUUCUCUUACUACAGUGUCUAUAAUAGGACAUUUGUGUUUUAAUUUGCAAUGAUCUUUCAUUUUAAAUAGGGCAUCAAAGAUGAUGUAGAAAGUCAAUCUGAAGAGUGUCUUCUGUGUGCACGUGCUUGGUGAAAGCAUAAAGUGAUAAUUAUUGGACUGGACAAUGCUGGAAAAACCACCAUCCUUUACCAGUUCCUAAUGAAUGAAGUUGUGCAUACAUCGCCUACGAUUGGAAGCAAUGUGGAAGAAAUCACCCAGCACAAGACACAUUUCCUAAUGUGGGAUAUUGGUGGUCAGGAAAAUCUGCGAUCUACUUGGAACACCUACUAUUCCAACACAGAGUUUAUCAUCCUUGUGAUUGAUAGCACGGAUCGUGAGAGGCUGACAGUGACAAAAGAGGAGCUGUAUAAGAUGUUAGCUCAUGAGGACCUGCGUAAUGCAGCUGUGUUGAUAUUUGCCAACAAGCAAGAUGUAAAAAACUCCAUGUCUACCUCUGAGAUUUCGAAGUUCCUCACCCUGAGCUCCAUCAAAGACCACCCGUGGCAUAUUCAAGGAUGCUGUGCGCUCACAGGAGAGGGCCUUCCUGCUGGUUUAGAAUGGAUGAUAUCUCAAGUUGCUGCCAAGUAAUCUCAGCCAAAACUACUUUGGGAUUGGGGAAAAAACAAACCAACCCUUAUAUUUAUUUCCACUUUGCAAAACACUCAGGAUCUGUUGGACCUUGGAUGGCUUUUUUCCCCUUCGCUAAAGCCAUCAGUAUUUUUUUAAAUACUUUCUUAGCACAUGUCAAGUUAUAGGAGGAGAUGCAUUCAGCCUGCGGAGAGAUUCUUCCUGGACUUCGGAUCUAAUUGUAUCACAUUGGAAAGUCUGUUUACAUCACAUCACUGUGUGGCUUUGAUUUUAUACUUUUCCAGUCAGAAUUGGACACUGCCGUGAGAAGUGUUAAGUCCUAUGAAACAAAAAAGAUUAUGGAACAUUUUUUGUUGAGCAAAAAAGACAGUGCUGCUUUCCCCCCCCCCCCCAGUGCUAAAAUGUUUUGCAUUAUCAUUGUGAAAAAACCAGAAAGAGGGUGGAAUGUUAUUUUGGGAAAUGUUAUUUCAUGAAUUUCACUUUGCCUUGUGAGAUGCCUGGACUGCUUCCCAAAUGAAGAAGUAGCCAAGGAAAUUUUGAAACACAUGUCCUCAUUUCUUCAUCUUCUCCUAGGAUUGCGGUCAUUUCAUCUGUCCUGUAAGUGAUCCAGUCAAAGUUAGGACAGACCACAAAAAAGAUACUUAUGAUCUUUGCAGCUGCUGCCUCCCUCAAAGCCACACUACUGCAUUUUGGGCGCUUGGCAACCAUAUUGUAUUUAUAGUUGGCUGCAAUGUUCUAUGGUCACGUGACUACACUUUGUGACUUUUUUUUGCCAUUUCUGUGGUUUUUGCUGGUUUCUGGUAAAAAGUGCCCAUGUGGGAGAAUAGAUUUGCUUAACCACAGCAUGGUUCACUUAACAACUGUGUGAUUCCCUUAAGGAUUGCAUUGAUUUGCUUUACAGCAAAAUUCACUCUGACCCUAUGCAUUACUUUAUGACUACAGUAACUUAUGACUGAAAUUCCAGACUCCAUUGUGGUCGUAUGUCAAGGACUACCUAUAUAUCCAAUAAAUAAUUUGAGCGCUGUGUCACUGUUUUAGAAUUUUCCAAGUCCCUCUUUUUUUGUCUUUUUUUUAAACUCUCUCUCUCUCUCUCUCUCUCUCUCUGUGUGUAAUGUGCGUCCUUGCACGUACAUGCAUGCAUGUGGAUGCAUGUGAGAGAGACCCAUAUCAGUGAAGAAUUCUUUCAGUUUUGGAGGAUUCCUUUCAAACAAGUCAAGGCAAGUUUGAGACAAGAAAAUCUGUUAGUUUAAGCAAAACAGUUUAUAUGAAACUGAAUAUGAAAGUCCCUAACAAGAAAGUUCUUCAUCUCAACCUAUCUUUUCUUCUUUUAAGAGGAACAAUGUUAGCUUCAGACAUUAUAACAGAUUAAUCUCAAAUAUAACGUGAAUACAAUGGUACAUGUUACUUCUGGUCUUGGAAAUGCUCACGAUCCAUCUGUAGGACAGACAGUCCUGGGCGCAAGGGAGAUCUGAUGCUACAAGUCCUGCCAAAAGAAUUCCUCCUUGUAGAGUUUAUUAUGUAUAAAUGCAGCUAAUGCCAUAUUUAGUAUGCUCUUUUGUACAGCAGAAUUAGUAUAGCAUAGUUGACUCUAGCUUCAGGCUACAGAGAAGGACCUUCCAAAAGUAAUUUCAUUUAAGAUUUUUUUUUUAAAAAAGCAUCCUACAAACAAAGAGAAAAUUGACUGUUAAGAUUGUAAUACAGUUCUUUUCUCUUUGCAUGCUUUUAAUAUAAAGCAAUGUUUCUCAAGCAUGAUAAACUUCAACUCCCAGAAUUCUCUAGACAGCCAUAUUUGAGGAACACUGAUGUAAAUUAAUAUUCAGAAAUGUGAUUCCCCGAUAUAAAUUUUGUUGAGCGGCUUUUUUUCUCUCUCGCUAUGCAAUCAACUCAUCUCAUUACAUGUAUAGAUCAAGACACACGGAGGAUGGAGGCAAAAAUGUAAUAUAGCCUUCUUCAACAUAAUGCAAACUAUGAUCAUUCUCAGGCUUGGAACUGUGGAAAAUCAGUAUUAAAUAUAUCUGGGAAACUAUAAUUUCUUUGGCAAAAAGACCAGAAAUCUCAUUUGAAGGUUGUAUGCUAAUUCUUGAAGUUAUGGAAAUACGUGCUUUAUCAUUAAAAGAUUUGGUGCUAUGUUAACAAAUGUUAUUUGUCUUUCCUAUGUCCAAAUGUAUUCUUAUGAUUGUGGGAUUUUUUAAAAUAUUUCUAGAUAUGGUCUAUUUGAACUUAAAAAAUUAAAAGUAUUUCCUCAUUAAAUGUCA